AUGUGCCGCGAUGCGGACGCGAGCGACAAGCAGCUGCCGGAAGACCAAUUGUCACAGGACGAGGCGGAUUCGGACGGGAUUGCUGAAACACUCAAGAGGCUCCGCUACCCGAUGACCCUUUCUCCUUCUGUGCAAGGCAACGUGGGCCUGCCGAAGCUUACAAAGAGCCGCAGUGCCAAGACCACGUUCAUGCUCGCGCGCCAAAACUCUUCGUCCUCUAUCUCGAGCGAGGAUGAUUUGGAGACGGGCUUGGAACGGCCUGCGCAUACUCGACACGGUUCGCGCUCCAGUGUCUCUACGGGGUCGGACUUAGUCGAUACGGAUCUUACCACUCCUUCUCCUUGGCAGUCGGGCAUUGAUUUGGACGACGACAACGAGUUCUCGAAGCUGGAUGAUGCCGAGCUCCAGCUUCCGCCUGCCAUGUGCCCGUCGAGCCAGGUGCUCCUGCGUAAGGGUACCUCGAGCCAAUCGAGCACAUCGCUGAAGUCGAGCUCGUUCACGGCCCCCCGUCGUACGUUCAUGUCGCCUACGUUGGCCCCACAGUCGAACACUGUUCGCGGCUCGGGAUUCCAUAUGCAGUUCAGCCGUUUGCCCGGUUCGACCAACCUCCCUACACCGGUGUUCUAUUCUGCUGGACCGGCGCAGACGCCGGGAAAGAUGGGUCAUGCUGUGACCAAGUCGCGUUCGUCGGACUCGGCUCAGGAUGUCUUUGCAGACCUCACCAACGAAGCGGCGGGACCGAGCGUGGAUCUUCACUCGGCUUCUCUGAGUGACCCGGUUCAGAACCAAAUGUCCAAGACGGAGCGGACCAAGUCGUUCUCUGCCAUCCAGGGGCGGCUGAACCGGCCUAGCAACCAAAGCCCUCUGGGCGUCUGGAAGCAGAACGUGACCAAGACUAAGGCUGCUACAAACCACUCGCCUCGUCGCACGUACAGCGACACCUCCGAGCUGUGUGACUGUCAGAAGAACUCUCUUCGGGCGAAUGCCGAUACGGGCAGCACUGCCUCGAUGAGCGGCUCUGCAGGAGGUGCCUCGUCGGACAGUCGGACAGCCUGCGAGUCUUCGGACCACAUGGAGACACCUGUGCGUGGCCGUGCUCUGCGUCGCACCGGUCACUCGUGCGGAUCUGGCCAUCGCCGGUCUUCGCGUGCAUCGUGCGACCCCUGCACCUUGCUGCGCCAAGACUCGGCGAAUUCCACGACGAACAGCACGGUUGUGCCUGUUCCGACCAAGAAUCGCGUGGCUGUUCUGGACUUUUAA